GGCGAGCGCCGCGGAAAGUGACUCAGUUUCAGCCUGGGACUCAGUGGGGACUCUGCUAGGGGCAACGCGGAGACUCGGCGUAAUUCACUGCGCCGGACAUUUGCAUUUUCCAGGCCCUGGUGGAGCAGGAAAGCCAGAGAUGGACCUCAUGAGACUUGCUCGGCUCUUCUCUGGCCCUCGCCCCAUGGGACUGUCCAUCCACCGAUACCUUGACCCCCAUGGAGCCCGGUGGACAAGAGAUGAGCAGGAACUUGCAUGGCUGAGGGCCAUGUGGCCAGCUCGGCCAGGGUCACUGUCCUUCAGCAGCUCUUCCUCUCAGCUGCCUCUGGGUCAGAGGAGCCAGAAGAACACAAGCAGCCUCCCUUGUGACCUGAGCCAGCCUGGCCUGCCAUCCUCUGAGAAGGACGAGGAUGAGGAGCACUUCGGGACCCUCUCCGACAAGUACUCCUCCCGGAGAGUGUUCCGGAAAUCCACAGCACAGCUGUAUAACCUGCGGCUCUGGCAGCAGAGUGUGGAUGGGGAUGAAGGGGAACUGGAGCCCAGACCCUGGCAAGGCCGGAGGAACACUCCGUACUGGUACUUCUUUCAGUGCAAGCGCCUGAUCAAGGCGGGAAAGCUGGCCGAGGCCCUGGACCUGUUUGAGAGGCAGAUGCUGAAAGAGGAGCAACUUCAGCCGCUUGAGUGCAACUACACCGUGCUGAUCGGCGGCUGCGGGCGCGUGGGCUACCUCAAGAAGGCCUUCAGGCUCUACAGCGACAUGAAGAAGAGGGACCUGGAGCCCUCAGAUGCCACAUACACAGCCCUGUUCAAUGUCUGUGCCGAAUCCCCCUGGAAGGACUCUGCUCUUCAGAGCGCCCUGAAGCUCCGACAGCAGCUCAGUGCCAGAAACUUCCAGCUCAACCUGAAAACAUACCAUGCCCUACUGAAGGUGGCUGCCAGGUGUGCAGACCUCAGGAUGUGCCUGGAUGUGUUCAAGGAAAUCGUCCACAAGGGUCACGCGGUCACUGAGGAGACCUUCAAUUUCCUGCUUAUGGGUUGUAUCCAGGACAAGAAGACAGGCUUCCGGCACGCCCUGCAGGUGUGGAGGCAGAUGCUGAGUCUGGGGCUCAAGCCAAGUCGGCAUGGUUACAACCUGCUGUUGGGGGCAGCCCGUGACUGUGGCCUUGGGGACCCAGAGGUGGCCUCCAGGUUGCUCCUGAGGCCCCAGGAAGAGAUGCUCCUGCUCCAGUCACCAGCAAGCAGGUGGAGGGCAGGGAGCAGGGGCCAGCCCAGAUCAGGUGAUGGUGUGUCAGCCACACUGCAUGUGGAGGUCCUGGAAAGGCAGCUGUUUCUGGAACCCUCUCAGGAACUUGAGGAGCCUCCUGAGGCCAGAUUACCUACCAAGGCCCACAUUAAUGUGGGAACUGAGCCAAAGCCUGGCCACACGGCAGCCCUCACCCCACUGGCCAUGAAGCCACCUCCCUUGGAGCUGGACGUCAACCUCCUGGCCCUUGGGACUGUCUCCCCUACUGUGGUCUCCUUUGGGACAGUGGCCACCCCAGCUGACAGGCUGGCCUUGAUGGGAGGCCUAGAAGGCUUCCUGGGCAAGAUGGUGGAGCAUGGUCUCCACCCAGACAUCAAAACCCUCACCCUGCUGGCCGAGGUUGUGGAGCCCGGGAGCCCUGCGGAAACCUCACUGCUGGCCGCCCUGGACAGGUACCAGGUGGAGGCUGAUGUGACCUUCUUCAACACACUGAUGAGGAAGAAGAGCAAGCUGGGAGACCUGGAGGGGGCGAAGGCGCUGUUGCCAGUCCUGGCAAAAAGGGGGAUUGUUCCCAACCUGCAGACAUUCUGCAACCUGGCCAUUGGGUGCCGCAGCCCUAGGGAUGGACUGCAGCUGCUGGCGGACAUGAAGAAGUCUCAGCUGAACCCCAACACCCACAUCUACAGUACGCUCAUCAACGCGGCCAUCAAGAAGCUGGACUACGCCUACCUCAUCGACAUCUUGAAAGACAUGCUGCAGAGCAGAGUCCCUGUGAACGAGGUGGUCAUCCGCCAGCUGGAGUUUGCUGCUGAGUACCCUCCCACCUUUGACCGUUACAAAGGGAAGAACACCUACUUGGAGAAGAUCGAUGGCUUCCGAGCUUAUUAUAAGCAGUGGUUGAAAGUGAUGCCCGCAGAGGAAACCCCCCACCCCUGGCAGGAGUUCCGGACUAAGCCCAAGGGGAACCGAGACACCAUCGGGGAUGCUGGUGUCAACGGAGGCCAUGGGAGCAGGUGAUGGGGGACACAGCUGAACAAGUAUGCAGCCCUCACAGGGCCUGGCAGGAGCCCCAGGAGUUCCUAUCAUAUUGAAGAUGAGUGAGUGUGCUGGUGUCACCGUCCCAGAAGAGCAACAGUAUUUUGCAGUGCUGUCACUGGCAUGUGACAACCGCUAGGCCCAGUGUGUCUGCAUCUAUAGCCAGUGAAGAAUAGGUCGUGGGCAUCUCGGGUCAC